AUGAUACGUGUGGGAGAAGCAGUGUCGGAAAUCAACCCUUGGGUCUUCUCUUUCCCCGCCUCCACAAUGUCAGAGAAGGAGUGUCAAAAAUCAACCCUUAAUAUCGUUGCCGCCAUCCAAAAAAUUUCCGCCGUCCUUAAGGUCACCUCCAAUUUCGGAUGUGUUGUUACCCUCACUCAACAAGACGAUGGUAUUAUCAAGCCCUUAUUCUGUCCCCCUCUCUUGAAUCAAAGUGCAAAUAAAUACCACCAUAAUAUCAUCAAGACAACCACAUCAGUAGUCAUAUUCAGUGUCGGCCUAUCAGAGGAGCUUAAUAUUCAAAGACUACCAAUUCCUACAAGGGUUGCCCCAACCUAA